UCUGGACAGGCAUAUGGCAUCGUGUGGAAAGCCAUCGAUCGGAAGACGGGGGAGAUUGUGGCUGUGAAGAAGAUUUUUGAUGCGUUCAGGAAUCGGACGGACGCUCAGAGGACCUUCCGGGAAAUUAUGUUUCUUCAGGAAUUUGGGGAACAUCAGAAUAUUAUCAAACUGCUGAAUGUGAUCCGCGCUCAGAAUGAUAAGGACAUUUACCUCGUCUUUGAAUACAUGGAGACUGAUCUCCAUGCGGUCAUAAAGAAAGGGAAUCUGCUGAAGGAUAUUCACAUGAGAUUCAUCCUCUACCAACUGCUGAAAGCCACCAAAUUCCUUCAUUCUGGGAACGUCAUCCAUCGAGACCAGAAGCCGUCUAAUAUCUUGCUGGAUGCGGACUGUCUGGUGAAGUUGUGUGACUUUGGUCUGGCACGAUCUCUGUAUCAGAUCCAGGAGGAUUCUGGGAAUCCGGCUCUUACUGAAUAUGUGGCAACUCGCUGGUACCGAGCGCCAGAGAUCUUGCUGGGAUCUCAUCGGUACACGAAGGGGGUGGACAUGUGGAGUGUGGGUUGUAUUCUUGCGGAGAUGUUGUUGGGGAAGCCGUUGUUCCCGGGGACGUCCACCAUCAACCAGAUUGAACGCAUCAUGAGUGUCAUCCCCCCGCCCUCCCAGGAAGACAUCCUGGCUAUAAAGUCGGAGUAUGGUGCCUCUGUGAUCAGCAGGAUGAACGGACGGCAGAAGGUGUCCCUGGCGGAGCUCCUCCCCCCAGCGUGUCCUCCUGAGGCGGUGGAUCUGCUGCACAGACUUCUGCUCUUUAAUCCGGAGAAGAGGCUGACAGCGGAGGGCGCUCUGGAUCACCCGUAUGUGCGCAGAUUUCACUCUCCAGCCCGAGAGCCCGCCUUAGACUAUGACGUCAUCCUGCCUGUCGAUGACGACAUACAACUGUCUGUAGCCGAAUAUCGGAACAAACUGUACGAGAUGAUCCUGGAGAGGAAGGUGAACGCUCGCCGACAGAAACGGGAAAAGGAAAGCGCCGACCCCAGACCUUCCCAGGAGUCCAGAGUGAAGAAAGAUGCGGAGCCUCCCAUCCUCAGGGGCCGUCCUGGAGAACUGUGGGCAGACCCCACCUACUGACCCCCUCUCCAAAUCCCUGCCUGCUGACAGCUGUACACAGGGGCCCGGGGCGGGUCAUCCGGGGCCCAAACCAACAUCCCCUGUAUAUAACCCCAUAACUCACAGCACCGUCCCAGGAGGAUCGGCUCAUUGGAGGAGUAAGAAGGGACAGCUGAGCCAGGAGCAGGUAGCCACCUUCCAGCCUGGGACACAUGGGGUGAAUAAAAUGGCGGAGCCGCGAGGAAAAACGGCCCCGGUCACCCGGACGCGCUCCUUCUCUCUCACCCAGCAGGCUCGGGCAGCCGCCCCCAACAAUCCGCUUAUCCGGAAGGAGGCCACAACCCCCGGCGCAGUGGGCGUGGCUGCAGUCAGUGCCAGACUGAACCCGCGCACACCGGCCCCCCAGACCCGCGAGGUUCGCUCGGCUCAGAAGUUCAGCCGGAAGAUGUUCCAGGGGACGGCCAAUGUUGGGGCGGCGGGUGACCCCAAGGCGUCCCUCCAGAGCUACUCCCAGGCCUACGGGACAAUCAGUAAAUCGGCUCUGCAGAGUCUACAGGCGGACAAGUCAUGA